CAGACCGCGGCAGCAGCCUGAGAGAGAUGACGUGUUAACUUAAUGUUGCGUUAUGAACCUUAUCCUCAGUAUGACGUCGCGACUGUCAUUCAGUCCUAAAGGGGUACUGAUGAUUAGCAGCGCUCUGUGUUUAAGAGGGAAGAUGGGAAGAGGCCGAACUAAGAGCCCCUCCAGCCUUGGCCCGGUCCAGCCCCAGCAGAGGGCGCUGCGCUCCAGGAGGAGAGAAUCAGCCAUGUCCAGUGAAAAGCAAACCAAACAUAACCCCCCGGAGGCCCUCCCGCCAUGCCCUCCCCAGCCCGCUGCCCCGGGGCCGACCCAGGAACCGGCUCCAACCAGCGGCCGGGCCGGACCUGGGAUGGACUGGGCGGUGACAGAGAGUGAUGGUGAAACAUCAGGGCUCACAAGUAGCCUCAAAACCACAACGUUGAGCGAACACAACCCAGACAACAGAGAGGACUCCAUGGAGGUAGAGGACCAGAGCCUGACCUCCUCCACCUGUACGGAUGGCAACACGAUACAUGACAACAUGGACCUGUGUGGGGCACUCACUGAGGUGGGGGAGGGGGGAGAGGCAGAGGGCUUCGAGACUCUCUACCCAACAGGAAGGAUGAAAGAGGAAGAGGAUGGUACUGAACACCAGAGAUCUGACCCCGUGUGCUCAGCAGAGGACAGGGAGUCUGGUACUGAGCCCGUUGAAGGGAUGCUAUCGAGGAAGAGGAAGAGGAUGGGCGUGUGUGUUCUGACAGAGAAGGAGAGGAGCCACUUCUUAAAAAAGCAUGAGAAUGAGAAACUCCAAAACGAGGCAGAGGAGAAGAGAGUUGGAGAUACGGGUCGCACUGGAGACAGUGACGUGGAGCUGGAGGAAGAUCCUGACGAGGAGUCUCACUCAGAGGCAGGAGAAGGGUGGGUGGUGUCCGUGUUCAACUCACCCGUGACUCAAGGCAUCAAAGUAGGACCUUUGACAGAGCAGAGUGAGCUGGAGGAGGAACCAGCGCCCCCAACUGGUGGAGCAGGGGACAGCUCCUCUGAAGCAGCCUGUGAGGAGGGCAGCGAUGCGGUCAGCCCAACAGAUCCCGUCCGCUCAGAGGAGAGCGAUCCCCGGGCGAGGGCGAGCGAGGACUGCGGACGCGGGCCGCUCAGCGACAGAGAAGCCCGCCUCCCCAUGGAGAUGGCAGGAAGAAAAGAUGAACCCGAAAAACAAGAGAAUGUGAAGGAGGCUGUGGCAGAGCCCCACCGUGCCCCCACCCAGGUCCCGAGUAGCGUGAACAUUGACCUAACAGAGAGUCAGCGAGAGGAAGUGCAGACCCCCCAGCAGCCCACGGACAGCUCAGCCACAACAGGGGGUCUCUCUGAGACGCAGGGGUCACAGCCCAGUCACUCACUCAUGGACACUGGACUAGGAAGGUCCGAACCUAUCGGGACGCCGCCGGGCCCUGCUGCAGCAGCCCCUAGUGGCGGGGAGGAGAACGGCAACAGCGGACCUUUGGAGGAGGUCGACAUCGCUGCGUCUCCUGCUCCCCAACCCCUGCUGGCCAGAGCCACCCCCGACCUGGUGGGCUUCGGACCCUUCGACUACAUCUCUGACUCUCAGCUCCAAGACAUCAGUCUGAUGGAGGCGCAGGGGGGCGGCCCCCCGUCCCUGGAGGACGCCAGCGCCCAGGUCCGCGGGCUGGGCCAGGAGCUCUCCUACCUGAAUCGCAUCGUCAUGGCGACCCAGAGGAAGGUUGAACUCUUUCGCCGUGGCAACCGGGGCCCCAAGGCCCACUAGAGGCCCUCAGACCCGUUAUGGCUCUUCAGUUAUUACAUCAAGGGCCUUUGGUAUUCAUACUUUACCUCAUUGUUCUCUCGUUCAUAAGGCUGACUUUUAGUACUUAUUUAAGAUGUGUUGCUCACUGUUCACUUGUUAGAGACAAACAAUCGAGUCAUGCAAGUAAUUCAUGCACUCGACAUUGAUGAAUCACACCAACAGAUAAGAGUUCAAGUGGUUGUAUUCAAGAAACACGUUUAACAUAGUAAAUCAAAUAAACAAAAAUGAACAAAAACACUCAAUUAUUAAAAGAUUUAAAAUGUU